GCCAUCCUGCGACUGAGGACGCAUCAGGUGGAGACAGCAACUGCAUUACGCACCAAGAAUAUAUAGAACAGUACACUCUGGGCAGCUAACUUCAGACAUAUUGACAAAAUGUCUCAUAAAAAGUAUCUUCACUUACAUUGUAUCGAAAAACAAUGAGGAACAUUGCAACGAAUUGAGAUACAAUAUUGUGUGAUGGCUGCAUUCAAGAGACUCAAGAGACUUUGAAACAAAUUAUGCUUUAAUUAUCUGAAUAGGCAAAAACGCCUGCCAGCUACUGUCAAACGACCCAGGAAGACAUAAGAAGGCAUUUGUGCCCCAUUCACUUACAUUUGAAAAUAGUUCAGCACUAGAAAAAGUGAUGAACUCGUCUGGUUUGGACAACCUAACCGAAUUUGCACCAUGGUAUGUCAACAGAACGGAUGUCGAGGAGGAAAAUCAGAAACUUUUGUUCGGGAUUGGCAUGGACAACUUCAUUACGCUUUUGGUUUUCGGACUCAUCUUUACACUUGGAGUGUUGGGAAACUCCAUGGUUAUCACGGUGCUGGCCCAUAGUAAACCCGGAAAACCACGGAGCACCACCAACAUAUUCAUCCUCAACCUUAGCAUCGCCGACCUGUCCUACCUGCUUUUCUGCAUCCCUUUUCAGUCAACUAUUUACAUGAUGCCGACAUGGGUUCUAGGUGCCUUCAUCUGCAAGUUUAUUCAUUAUUUCUUCACCGUUUCCAUGCUGGUCAGUAUUUUCACCUUGUCCGCAAUGUCGGUGGACCGCUACAUUGCCAUUGUUCACUCCAGAAAAUCGUCCUCCAUCCGCGUGUCAAAGCACGCUUUGAUCGGAGUGGUGGUCAUUUGGAUACUCUCUUUGGCCAUGGCAGCGCCAGUCGCGGUCAUACACAACAUAUACCAGAGAGACGAGAAUCACACCUACUGCUGGGAAGUGUGGCCGGAUCAAAACCAAAAGAAAGUCUAUGUUGUGUGCACGUUUGUUUUUGGUUAUGUACUGCCCCUGUUGCUGAUUUCGUUCUGUUACGCAAAGGUUUUAAAUCACCUGCACAAAAAACUCAGAAACAUGUCCAAAAAGUCAGAGGCGUCCAAAAAGAAGACUGCCCAGACGGUUCUUGUAGUGGUGGUGGUGUUCUGCCUGUCAUGGCUCCCCCACCAUGUGGUCCACCUGUGGGUGGAGUUCGGCAACUUCCCCUUGACCCAGUGGUCCUUCUUGUUCCGGGUGGCGGCCCACUGCCUGGCCUAUAGCAACUCCUCCGUCAACCCUGUCAUCUAUGCCUUCCUCUCGGAGAACUUCAGAAAGGCCUACAAGCAGGUGUUCAGGUGUCAGAUUACCAACUCCCCUCUCAACGAACUCAAGGAGUUCCGCAGCAAGGUGGACAACACACCACCCUCCACCAACUGCACCAACGUCUGAUUGGAGGUCACCGAGUGCCAGCUCAACUACGGCCAUGAUGAUUGGUUGUUUUCAAGGGGCCUUCUGAGACGUAUAAUGCUAUGAGAUUCCAUGUUUCGAUUCAGAGAUUGUAUGAAGACAAUAUGAGGAAAACUGGAUAUGCACUCAAGCUACAUAGUUCCACAUCAGUGCUGUUCCAUCAUCAGAAUAACGCCACGCCAGACGAUGUGCCAUACUGGACAUACGAUCAUACGUGUAGUGAGCAGCUCUCUUUCUUUCUCUCUUGCUCCCUCCCCUCUUCUAUCUUGCUUUCUCUCUCGUGCUCUCUGUCAUUAUCACAGGAGGAUUGCUGAGUCUGACUCUCAGGAAUAGAAAGAAUGUGGACUUUGAUAUCUCACUGACCAUCUUAUUAUACAUCAAAACUGUGACUGUUUGGUAAUUUGCCUUCUUAUAUGUGCAGAUAUUUUGUGCAUGUGCAUAUUGUUGGUCCUUCUUAAUGCUGUAUUUCUGCUGUCUUAAGUAGCUAUUGAAAUGAGCGUCUAUAAUAUAGCUUCACUCUACACAUUAAAGCCUGAGGUUACUGCUGUAUAUUGUACAUGGUAUGCUAUUAUGGAGUACUUUUGAAUUGUUAAAAAAUAUUAGCUAUUGCUCUAUUAGAUAUUGCCCAGAAUAUAAGAAAUGCACACAGUGUGAUUUUCUCUUUAAAGUUGAAUAUCUUUUUGAAGAGAAAGCUUUUUGUUGAUUGAAUGUAAUGGCCAAUUCUCUUGUUGCGAGUUGCUAAUGUGUAUACAAGGGAAAUGUUGUCCAUAUAACUUAAACCUGUCUUGCAAUCUGUAAUAGAGAGUUUGCAAUGGAAAAAAACACAUGUUGGGAUUUUUAAUAACGCUAUUGUAUAAACUAUUUAAAAAUACUAUAAUGUGUACUCAAUAUAAGCCUACUUUAUCUUAUUUAUUGAAUUGGUGUAUGAUAUGGAAAGCUUAAGUCCAUGUUUUCUGGCGUAUUGUUUUGUGAUGACUUUGGCUUGUACAUUAGAACUUGUACAGGUACCGUAUGUGGUUUUAUCUUAGUGCUGGAUCACUGAGCAACCUUGCUUCAAAGGCAUUGUGUGGGAUCUCGUUACCCUUUGACUUCCAUUUCCCCUCAUCAUUACAGAGUAAACUAAAGAAAAAAUUCAAAGAUCAGAGACUGCCAAGAUUUUGUCUGUGGUAACGACUUACAAUCAGAAGUAAACAGAAAAAACAUAAUUAUUCUCACAAAAGUAUAUCCUGCCCCUUUUCACAGCUAAUACCACAUCCAUGUUUGAUAGUUUAGUAUAUGUGAGAGGGAUUUGAAAAAGUCACUUCUCAUUUUAUGUGUCGAAAGCUAGCUAAUACUUUAAAUAUUUUGUUUGGUUAACAUAAUCCAAUCAGGGAUUGUCUGCUCUAUCAAUCAAUCAAUCAAAUUGAUUUAUAAAGCCCUUUUUUACAUCAGCCGAUGCCACAAAGUACUAUACAGAAACCCAGCCUAAAACCCCAAACAGCAAGCAAUGCAGAUGUAGAAGCACGGUGGCUAGGAACUACUCCCUAGAAAGGCAGGAACCUAGGAAGAAACCUAGAGAGGAACCAGGCUCUGAGGGUUGGCCAGUCCUCUUCUGGCUGUGCCAGGUGGAGGUUAUAACAGAACAUGGCCAAGAUGUUCAAACGUUCAUAGAUGACCAGCAGGGUCAAAUAAUAAUAAUCACAGUGGUUGUAGAUAGAGAACAAGAAUGAAUACAGUAAAAAACAUGGAAGAGACAGCACUUUGGUUAUUUCUAUCCAUGGUACAGGACAAAACUAUCUCAUACAGAUUUGUAUAUAUUUGAGUACUGCCAUGGGAAACUCACUUUGUGUACAUUGUACGGUGUGUGGCUAUCUCCAUAGCGAGGUGCUGUUGCACACUCUUACUUAGCAUAAACAAAUAUCAGUAAUGAACAUCUAGAAUGGGUUAGGUUUAGGCAUGCUAUUAAGUGGUUAGGGUAAGUGGUAGGCAGGGUAAGGUUAAGUUUAGGUAUGCUACUGUAGCAAGUGGUUAAGGUAAGUGUUCGGGUUAGGGUAAGGUUAGAAAACAAGAACAUGCAUGGAGUGGAAACUUCUGCUACUCACAGAUUGCAAAUCCUGCAAUUUACAUUCCCCACAACCAACCAACCAACCACCUUGCAAAUCAACGUGACUCUUGUCAUGUUUUCACUCACCACCACAUAAGGGCGUCAGCAAAUUUACAAUUACACUCAAACUCAGCUGCCCAUAGAAUCGUUGGAACCACUAAUUAUUUCAUUCUGUAUUUACGGAUUAAUGCAACCCAGAGACUACCAAGUGAUAAUCAUGUUAAAUUAUUCCUUUUAAUCCCUCAUUACUCAUUAUCAGUGUGUUUAAUAUUAAUGAAGACUCUCUUGAUGAAUUAAGACUCUUGAUGAUUCUUUCAAUCCCCCACAAUUAGUUUCUGCUCCAGAACACAGUGGAUCAAAUAUUUACUUUCUGGAAUGGAAGAAACUUUCUACACGUGUCACUCUGUAAAAUAUCUAUCCGUAUUUGAAUUUCUAAAAUGUUUGGGCAAAUGUAAAAUGCUUUUUUUUGUGCCAUAUUAUGCUGAAAAAAAUCUACACUUUUAUAAUUUGCCAAUGUAGUGCUUAUACAUGUUCAUAUCACAUUAAACUGUUGAUCAU